AUGGCCUCACCCAUCCCUUCACACCCUCCCUCCCGUCCCACCCUCGUGACACCCUCGACCUUCACCCAGGACAUCUCCCGCGCGAUCCUCGCGUCCGCCGACGGGCCUAAAUCCAUCCAUCUCGACUCGCACCCUCACGUGGCGCUGGAGUAUCCCCCUCCUCCUCCCCCGUCGCCCGUCGACUGCUGCCGUGUCUGCGACGGAGUGCCAUAA